AUGGAUGCAAGGCCAUCCCGGCCGGAUCGGCCGUAUCAGCGGACCUACAAGGCAUGCAUACCUUGCCGGCAACGCAAGGCUAAGUGCGACUUGGGGGCGGGUCCAGAUGGCUUACCGAUCGGCCCACCUUGCGCACGUUGUCGCCGAGAGAUGCGCGAGUGUGUGUUCCCCGAGAAACGUGCCUGGGAGAGGUCCGGCAAACGUGCUCGAUCCAACGAUGAAACCGACGACCAAAUUUCCCCGCACGCAGAACACUAUCUAUCCGACAGGACACCAGAAACAACGAACGGAAGAUAUUCUCAAAAUAACCAGUCGCCGACUCAGUAUCCCGGGUCUAGCCCUUUUCAGUCCGGUUGGGCACUCAACGGACAUUCAGCAUCCCUGCAACACGACCAUAGUCCCCCUAUCAAUAUCAGCGCAUCACCCGGCACAAAGGCAAUAAACUCCAACAAUCGCCCUUCACCUCAUAACCACCAUGACCACCGGCAUCGGUCCAAUCCGAACCUGGCGAGCUCCAUGAUGCGGACAGUCGUUGCCAGCGGAAAUGAUGCCCUCAAUAUCUUGUUCGAGGCAGCUACGGCACAAAGUCAAGAGGACAAUGCUCAUCAUGAACCCAGUCCUUCUGGAGGAGUCAACUCAUCGAAUGGCAAAACAAAUACCCAGGAGCAAAGUACUCCCCGCCAUUUUGAAACCCCCAUGCCCUUCGAGCCUGUUCCCCGAAACGCGCGGCCGGUAGAUCUGGCCGAAGUAUCGCGAGAAACUCUUCAGGUUUGGGAAGCUUGUCGAUUUGUGCGAAUGGGUUGGUUCACUGCUCGAGAAGCAGUGACAUUUAUCGAUCUAUUUUAUAAGAACAUGUCCUGUUUGUCUCCCAUCCUGACAGACUUUUAUUCCAACCAUCAAAAUCAUUACCUGCUCAUUACCCGUGAGCCAGUUCUUUGCUGUACCAUUCUCAUGAUCUCUUCUCGAUACCAUAUUCUGCCAGGCGCCGGGGGUGAAUCCAGGAACUUUUUCAUUCAUCACCGGCUUUGGCAGCAUUGUCAACAAUUAACAAUGCGACUGAUUUUCGGGCAAGAAAAGUCAACAAAAUCGAAGAUUCGAAGUCUUGGCACCGUGGAGGCUCUCUUGUUAAUGGCCGAGUGGCACCCUCGCUCACUGCACUUCCCGCCGGAAACCGACGGUUGGGACGACGACUUGAUAUCGAUGGGUCCCACGCCCUCUGAAUCUACAGAUCCAAACAGUGGCUCUGCAAGUAGAUGGCUGGAGGAUAUGAUUGAACCUUCAAGAAGAUCUGACCAGAUGUCGUGGAUGCUUCUUGGAUCUGGCCUUUCUCUCGCGCAUGAGCUGGGUAUCUUCGAAACCGAGGAUGAUGACUCUACAGAUGAGGAUCCCCAAUGGAGAGAGCAAAUGGCUCUUCGGCGACAAAGAGUUCAGCGCUUGCUUUAUGUCUACAUAAACCAACUCGCAUGGCGUAUUGGGUGCAUGUCGCCGAUUCCCCAGUCCCUCAACCAUGCUGUCCUUGGCGGGCGAAAGCCUAGAGGACUAAGUCAGCCCGGUAGUACAUGGCUGAUAUUCAUGGACUCCUGGAUUGAGCUUACCAAGUUAGCGCAAUCAGUCACCGAUAUGUUUUUUCCAUCUGCCAAAUUUGCCCGCCAGCAGCUGCAUAGUGGCCGUUAUAUUGGACUCCUCGACCAUUUCCGGCCUUUACUCAACCAGUGGAAAGAUAAGUAUCUGCAACCGGACGUUCUUGAUAAAUCUUUCUACAAUGAUCUUUUUAUCGAGUAUCACUUUGUCCGCGUGUACACUCACUCGGUCGGUAUGCAAGCCGUGGUAGAGCGUGCUCUGACUGAUGCCGACUCUCACUUUGAUGACGUGCGACCAAUGACGAUUGAGCAAACUGACUACGAAUACAUCCAAGAGGUGAUCGAUGGUUGCUGCCAGAUUUUACGAAAAGUAACACAUCUUGCAGACGCUGGGGCACUACGAUUCUCUCCGGUACGCAUCGUACUGCGUGUCACUAGCGCCUCGAUUUUCCUCAUGAAGGCGCUCAGUCUAGGAACUCGUGAGGCGGUUCUCCGAGACUCAUUGGAGGUGUUAGAAAAGAGCAUUUCCGCACUGAAGUCCAAUGCUUUGGACGAUGUUCACCUGAGUACUCGCUACGCUACUCUUCUGGAAAUGCACGUUUCUCGCCUGCGUCAUAACUUGCUGGCAUCCUCCAAGGCGGUUAAGAACGCCCGAGGAGCUGCGCGUCCAUCUCCCAUGGGCCCACCUGCUUGGCCUGAUGCGAGCGACCGUGCCAAUCAAGUAAAUACCCCAGUUCCCCAGGACCUGUCCUCGGAUCUCGGGUUCAUGCCAUCCCUCAACGACAUGACGGAUGACUGGCUUUCGCUUCCUUUUGAUCCUUCAAUGGCACCUUUUGGUAUGACCAAUGGCAGUCAAUUUCCCAUGUGCGAGGGUGGGGCUUUGGAUUUCAUCUGGAAUCUACCGUCUUGA